GGAGAUUUCUUGCCCUGGGAGUGAGCUGAAUGGGGCUCCCUUAGACAAAGGGUCCCAGUCAGCAUUCCAGGCUCCAGACGCGUCCAGGGACUUUUCAUUCUUUGUCUGAAAGGGCAGCGGUGCCGUUCCCAUUAGAGCGAUGCCUGACGGAGCCGGUGCCUCCGGCGAGCGAGAAGCUGCGGCAACCGAUCGGCUUUCAAAUCACCUUCAAACCUCGAUUUCCUCAACAUGAUCCCUCCAUCGGCCCAGUCUCCGAGGCACAGCCGGGGGGCUUUGCCGGGAGGAGAAUAACCCGGUGACAGCCAGCGCUGGAAAAGCCCCGGGCACGACGAGGGGGCUCAAAAAUCCACCUUUCCCAGCACUCCAGGACUUUUUAGACUCGGGCAGUAGCUUUGCACGGCCUCACCCUGCAGCCCUCACCGUGAUUUCGGGGCACCCAUCUGCUCCCUAGGAUCCAGCACCAAUCCUGAGGGGGUGAAGCCCCCCUUGGAGCGUCCCAGGGGCCGAAGAGCAGCUUCCCCGCGGCGCCGGCUGCCGGGGGAGGGAUGAAGACGCUAUGGCCAAGCUAUUACUAAAACUCCAGCGGUACUUUCGGCGGAAACCCGUGAGGUUCUUCACGCUGCUGGCUCUGUACCUGGCAGCCGGCAGCUUGGUUUUCCUGCACUCCGGCUUUUCCGGGGAGCCCACGGUCCCGGGGAGCCCCCGCAGCCCCGCGGGGGGCGAGGGGCCGGGGCUGCCCUACCUGGGGGUGAUGCAGCUGAGCCGCGGCUUCAAGGCAGCGGCCACGAUCCCGGGGAGGGUCCGGCGACACGGCCCCUGGUUCAAAAGCACCUCCAAGGAACCGGCGGAGAGGGGAAAAGCCAGGGACAACGGCGGCACCCGGAGCCGGGCACUCAGGGGCAGGAGCGGCCGCGAGAAGGAGGAGGACAGAGCACGAUACAUCGGCUGCUACGUGGACAACACUCGCCAGCGGACCCUGCGUGGGAUGUCCUUCUUUGACUACAAGAAGAUGACAGUCUUCCGUUGCCAGGACAACUGUGCUGAGCGGGGGUACCUCUAUGCAGGACUGGAAUUUGGCGCCGAGUGCUACUGUGGGCACAAGAUCCAGGCGUCGAACGCCAGCGAGUCCGAGUGUAACAUGGAGUGCAAGGGGGAGCGGAGCAACACCUGUGGUGGGAUCAACCGCCUCUCCAUCUACCGCCUGGAGCUGGCCCAGGAAUCUGCCAGGAGAUAUGGCAGUGCCAUAUUCCGAGGGUGCUUCCGCCGGCCGGACAACGUGUCCAUCGCCCUGCCCGCCAGCCAGCUCAUGCUCAACAUGUCUGUGGACAAGUGUGUGGACUUCUGCACUGAGAAGGAAUACCCGCUGUCGGCCCUGGCAGGGACCUCGUGCCACUGCGGAUUCCCCACGACGCUGUUCCCGCUGCACGAGCGCGAGGACGAGCAGCUCUGUGCCCAGAAGUGCCCUGGGGAGGAGUUUGAGAGCUGCGGCACUGCCGACUUCCUCCUGGUCUACCAGACCCAGGUGCAAGACAACCGUUGCAUGGACAGGAGGUUUCUCCCCAGCCGAGCCAAGCAGCUGGUGGCCCUGGCCAGCUUCCCUGGAGCUGGCAACACCUGGGCACGGCACCUGAUCGAGUUGGCCACCGGCUUCUACACCGGCAGCUACUACUUUGAUGGGUCUCUCUACAACAAAGGAUUCAAGGGCGAGCGGGACCACUGGCGCAGCGGGAGGACGAUUUGCAUCAAGACCCAUGAGAGUGGCCAGAAGGAGAUCGAGUCCUUCGACUCUGCCAUCCUGCUCAUCAGGAACCCCUACAAGGCCCUGAUGGCCGAGUUCAACCGCAAGUACGGGGGACACAUCGGCUUCGCCGCUCACGCCCACUGGAAGGGCAAAGAGUGGCCGGAGUUCGUGGCCAACUACGCGCCGUGGUGGGCGACCCACACCCUCGACUGGCUGCGCUACGGCAAGAAGGUGCUGGUGGUGCACUUUGAGGACCUGAAACGGGACCUCUUCGUGCAGCUACAGCGGAUGGUGGGGCUGCUGGGCAUCACUGCCUGCGAGGACAGGCUGCUCUGCGUCGAGGGCCAGAAGGACGGCAACUUCAAGCGAUCCGGCUUGAGGAAGCUGGAGUAUGACCCCUACACCCCCGAGAUGAGGAAGAUGAUCAGUGGCUACAUCAAAACAGUGGACACGGCUCUGAAGCUCCGGAACCUGUCGGGGGUCCCGGACGAUUAUUACCCGAGAUGAUGGUGAUGAUGGCGGGGGGACCUGACCCUGCUCCCGGCCUCUGCCUAAUUCCACCCAGUGGGUGGCUCUGCUUUUAAUCCUCCAUCUGCUGCUAUAGCUGUUGAUCAACUCCCUGCAUGAGCGACGAGUGGUCCCCAGCCAGUGCUGAGCUUGUUUGGCCAUCACAGACCCCGGCAAGGCGGCAGUGCCGAGGGGACACGGGUGCCUUCACCACCACAGGGUUCCUGCUCCAUCCCACUCCUGUUCCGGCUGCCACAGCCCUCCUUGGAAGUGCAAUGGGUUUUAUCUGUGGUCCUUGGAAGUGCCCUGGGUUGUUUGUGGUCUCCUUGGGCUGGCUCAGGGACACAGGCCAUGCCUGACGGACCCGGUGCCACUGGAGCUGAGCUCCCAGGGGUGGGUAUCCCCAAACUCCCUUCACUCCAUGGCCAGCCCUGGGAGGCAUCUGCUUGUCCCUGGAUGGAAUCCAUCAGCCUUAGGCCAAGGGGUGGUAUUGCGUGGGUGUUGCUCCCACGGAUCCCAUCAUUCCAGAUGGGAAUCAGGAAGGCUGUGCUGGGGAGAGUAAUGUCCCCAUACAAGGUGGCUGUGCCCCCAUGAACCAGCCCUUGGCU